CCAUUGCGAGGACGCUUGUAAUUGCGAAUUGCGAUUUGGCGAUGCGCUGCUUUCGCUUAAUGCGCAGCUCCUGGCAGACCUUUUUGAUUGUCCCGAAAUCGAGGAUUAAGACCCAAGAUCAACUAAACUGAACUGCUAAAUUCAAAAACAAGAGGCCGACAAAAAACAGGAAACAACUUUUUGUUUGGACGCGCAUAAAAUGGAACGGAAUGAAAAUAAGCCAAGAGCCCUGAAAGAGACACAAAAGCACGGAACCUGAGCAACACACCAGUGAUAUAAUAGUAAUCUACAAAAUCAUUAUUCCCCUUUAACUUGUAAACUUCGAAUCCAAUAUCACCCAAGCCUUUUGGCAAGAUGGCCGUGCACCUGAAGCAGAUAUACCACCAUUUGCCCCUGACGAUCACUCCGAUCCUAGCGCAUCCUUCGCACAUACUGCAACAUGCUCCUGAUCCUCAACAGCCGGCUCCCAAUCCUCCCCAGCCACAGCCACCGGACCUCACCUUCCACUGCAUGUGCUGUGCGGAGUUCUUCGUCCAUCCAUUGGCCCUCUAUCAGCACAUGAACACUCUGCACCCUAAUGAGCCUACCAACGGACAGCAGGAGCAGGAGAGUCCAGGAGACGAAGGUGAAGACUACAGCUGGAUUUUCGAACCUGUAUGCGAGCUGGCGGAAGAUGGUAGCGACUCUUCGGACGGUAGCGACUCUUCCGGUUCCGACAGCUCCUCAUCCUCGGAUGACGACGACGAUGAUAGCAGCUCUAGUUCGAGUUCCAGCAACUCCAGCUCAUCCAGCAGCUCAAUGCCGAGUUCCAGUAACUCAAACACCCAGCAGAGCCAGGAAUCAAUGCAGCCCAUGCGCGGUUUGGUGGCCGGACCGGGCCAAAACGAGUUUCAGCUUCAGAUGGCGGAUCCACGAGAGUCGACCUCCAUUUUCAUGCUGCAGCCGCCUGUCAGUUUUGAACCCUUGCAACAGCUGGCACCACCCGUUGCCACUCCUCCAAUGGGAUUCUCCAUGGACUCAGCGCCGAUUAAGCGCCGGCGAGGAAGACGAGUCAACUUCAAUACCCCAACGAUUGAUCCGGCCGUAAAUGGUACACAGAAGUGCUUUCAGUGCACCCACUGUGAGGCCAGCUUUCCGAACGCAGGCGAUCUGUCUAAGCAUGUACGAUCGCAUAUCACCAACAAGCCGUUCCAGUGCUCCAUCUGCCAGAAGACCUUUACGCACAUCGGGAGCCUGAAUACGCACAUCCGGAUUCACAGCGGGGAGAAGCCGUACAAAUGCGAACUCUGUCCUAAGGCAUUCACGCAGUCUAGCAGUCUAAUGGUGCACAUGCGCUCCCAUUCUGUGCGCAAGCCGCAUCAGUGUCUGCUGUGCGACAAGGGAUUUAUCAACUAUAGCUCUUUGCUGCUACACCAGAAGUCACAUGCCGCGCCCACGGAGACGUUCACAUGUCCGGAGUGCGAGCGGGAGUUUAAGGCAGAGGCCCUACUCGACGAGCAUAUGCGAAUGCAUACGCAAGAGCUCGUAUACCAGUGUGCCAUCUGCCGCGAAGCUUUCCGCGCCAGUUCAGAGCUCGUCCAGCACAUGAAAAACCACAUGGGCGAAAAGCCGUUCACCUGUUCCCUGUGUGACCGCUCCUUCACGCAAUCGGGCAGCCUUAACAUCCACAUGCGUAUCCACACUGGCGAAAAACCAUUUCAAUGCAAACUCUGCGACAAGUGCUUCACACAGGCUUCGAGCCUGAGUGUUCACAUGAAGAUCCAUGCUGGCGAGAAGCCCUACCCGUGUCCCAUCUGCGGAAAGUCUUACAGCCAGCAGGCGUACCUCAACAAGCAUAUCCAGGCACACCAGGUGGCUGCUGCGGCAUCCGUUUCCAGCCCUCCCGAAAUGCUGAUCACAAAACAGCCGCAUGAGACAUUGGUGUGCAUUGUUUGCGGCUCACUGCAUGUGGAUGCCACAGCACUUGCAAAUCACGUGACCAGUCAGCAUGCAGCGCUUCUAGACACCAUGAAGCAAUCGGCAAUGAACACAACACUAGGACCCGCUUUUCCAGAUGAUAAGUGUAGCCUAGAGGAGCAGCAAGCCUAUAUGGAACAGGUUCAAUCCGUCUUACAACAGAUGAACCAGCAGCAGCAGCAAAUUCUCCUUCCAUCGCAGCCAAAGUUGCCAGCCAUGGAUUCCACCGGUGAGGACGAAGAAGAACCCGAUGAGGUAGAAGAAGCUCCGGAUGAGGACGAGGAAGAUGAUCCAGGGAAGAUGCCAAAAAAGGAGCCUGAAGUGCAGGAGGCGGAGGAGGAACCUCUCAUUAAUCAGAAUUACCCCAUUCUUGGCCUUCAGGAGGAGCAGAUCCUUUUGCACUCUGACAUGUAUUACGAGGAUUUUGCUGACAUGGACGUCGGCUGUCAGGAAGAAGUAUUCGGCGACUUUGUCGUCAAUGAAGAGGAGGUAUACACGGAGGAGCUCAUCUAGACAUAAGUACUAAGAUUGGCCAUAGUUUAUCAAGCCAAUUUAUAUUUAUGUACAUUGAAAAGGCACGAAAGUUCUUAAAUAGUUUUGGGCCAUGAUGAUGAUUUUUAUAGCCCAAUUUUUUAAGUAACUUUUAAUUUGUUCGUACUAUAAUUUUUUUUUUAUAAAUAUUGUUCUUGUUGGGCAGAAGUCGUGGGGUGUUUACUCAAAUUUUUGUCCACCUAAACGCUAAAUAAUUCGGGAAUACAUAAUGUUGAACUAAAUUUUAAUGUUAAACCUGACUUAAGUAUUAGUGAAAUAACUUACAUUACCAAACAUCUACUACGGAACCACCACACCACAUUUUUUUACUAAUCAUAAGUUCAGAAGAGAUUUUCGAUGUAUCCUCUCAUAUCAGACAAAGCCCACACGACUAAAGACCAUCCAAAUAUGAACAUAUUGUAAUUUGCACAUUAUCUUCUAAAGAUAUUACAUUUUGUUAGUAUUAAGCUCUACUCUAUGCUGCUCAUUUUACAUCCCAAAGGAUAUUCCCUUACCUAUGUUGGAAUUGUAAUUAUUCCAAUAAUUCCAUUUCGCGUGUUUCCCAAAUCGCAUGAAGAGAUUACAUUAAUCGUUAUAUUUAAAAA